UUUUAUUUAUUUUUAUUGUAAACAUCAACACAGCAAGCAAAAUCCACGUGGGUCUCCAUCAGUUUUGUAUUUGAAUUACAAAUUUAAGAACUGAGGCAGACAAUAACUUGAAAAAUGCCGAAGAUCAAAGCAGAAAAGAAGAGCCGAAAACAUGAUUCCGUUGCCAAGCAAGGAAUUAUGUUCAACAAGGACCUUGGCCAGCAUAUUUUGAAGAAUCCCUUGGUCAUCGUCAGCAUGCUGGAAAAGGCGGACAUUCGACAAACAGACACUGUCCUUGAAAUUGGUCCAGGCACAGGAAACAUGACGGUGAAGCUCUUGGAGAAAGCUCGCAAAGUGAUUGCUUGUGAAAUUGACGUUCGGCUUGUGGCUGAACUGCAGAAGCGAGUUCAGUGCACUCCUCUUCAGCAAAAGUUGGAAAUCAAAGUCGGCGACGUAAUAAAAGCAGAGUUGCCCUUUUUUGACCUGUGUGUUGCCAACAUCCCCUAUCAAAUCUCGUCGCCGUUGAUUUUUAAGCUGCUCCUGCACCGACCCUUCUUCAGGUGUGCUGUUCUGAUGGUCCAACUUGAGUUCGCACAGCGACUAGUUGCACAACCCGGAGACAAGUUGUACUGCAGACUGUCCAUAAAUACUCAGCUUCUUGCCAAAGUCAAUAUCAUUAUGAAGGUCGGGAAAAAUAAUUUCCGUCCGCCACCAAAGGUGGAAAGCAGCGUUGUGCGAUUAGAGCCCCGAAAUCCUCCUCCGCCCAUUAAUUUCAAGCAAUGGGACGGCCUCACUAGAAUUGCAUUUGUUAGAAAAAAUAAAACCCUGAGUGCCCUAUUUAAGCAGUCAUCUGUACUUGACACACUAAAUAAAAAUUACCUAACCUACUGCUCACACAAUGAUAAGGAGGUGCCCAAAGACUUUGACAUGAAACAAAAAAUUGAAGACAUUUUGAAAAGUAGUGGAUUCUCUGAAAAACGAGCCCGCACUAUGGACAUUGAUGACUUUAUGCAACUUCUCCUGGCUUUCAACAAAGAGGGGAUCUUUUUUGGAUAGGCUUCUAAAUGACUUUGGUGUAUUUAAGAUUAAAUUUAUAAGAACAGAA